AUCCAUGAUAUCAAUCCAAAACGUUCACAAGCAACACGCUCCAUCAGUCGGAUAGUUACGGUUAUGGUUUAGUUUUACUAUACCCAAGUUGAUGUUAUAGUUUUUAAAGCACAGGCUGCUGUAAGCAUCUGCCAAAUUGGCAAUAGUGCUGCCUGAGAGGCUAAACGCAGGGCAUAAAGACCCCGGGCUCAUAGUGCGCGGGUUAUUUUGUUAUUUACAAAUAGUAAACUGCGCCGUUUUGCUACCGCUAACGUUUGUUAUCAAACGGGCGAUAUAGUCGGUUCACCAGAUUUUACAUGACUACAUAGUGGUUCCUUAGUUGAUUUUAGAGAGCGGAUUCAAAUAAAUGCAUUUCGGGGGCUAACCGAGUAACGUUAAGAACAGUUAUUAAAAACAAAAUGAUAGCUAGCUAACCGUUAGCAUAACCUAGCUAGGUAUCGCUGUCGGAAACAGUUUCUAACGUCUAAAGUUGGCCUAGCUAGCUAACACAAAUGGAGACAAAUUACCCUACCUUGAGGAGACCGAAGAGGAAACUCUGCUACCUUACAAACAAGGAAAGUGCAUCUAAACAAUGGGAAGGAACGCUGACAUUGGAAGACAUUGAUAGGAUUUUUGAUGACUUGGAUCCAUCCUCACAUGAUAAUGAUGACCUAUUACCCCCAUCUACUCUGCUCCAGACCUUUGAUAUUGAGACAAACCAGUGUAAGAAAGAGCCUUCACCUGUCCCCCUGGAACGACACCUAACGGAAAAACUUCCAAAAUGCCAAAUGGGUCCUAAAGGAGAUGUACUACAACCUGCAACAAGGUCACUCAGUCCUAAACUAGACAUUGAUUUGGACAUCCCAUUCAAAGCACACAGGCCAGUGAAGACAUCCAGCCCUAUUGAAGAGAAUAUGGUUGUUGAAGAGCUAGACAAUGAAAAAGACCGAGUUGUGUCCCCACUUCUCUUUGCCUGUGAAGAUGAAGGAAAAGAAGAGGCAAAGACAGAACCUCUACUCAUCCAAAACCCCCGGUGCAAUGGGCAUGUCACAGAGGAAGACGACUCUCAGUUGGAGUCUCCUCCAAGCAAGAUUGUUUUAAGCAAACCGAAGAUGUCCAGUCACAAAAACAAGGCGGAGGGAUCAUGCAAAGAGAGUCACCCAGUCAAAGAAAAAACACCCAAAAAACCUCCAGCACCUGUUUUGGAAGGCAAAAUAAAAACACCAAGGCAAGAAAAUGCAGGCCCACCUGUGUUAGCAGUGAGACAGGAGCCUGAACUUGCAGAUCCUAAGAAAAAAAUUGAAAAUGUUCACAUGCAGCCAUCGGUGGAGUCCACCCGUGUGGGAAAAGACAUGCCGGCGUUUCUUAAGAAGCUUAGAGAUGCUGGACAGUCCAAACCUGCAUGUUCCAGGAAGUCACCGGUGAAAGUACCCACUCCUCCUCCUGAGCCAGAGGAUGAUUUCCUGAUUCUGGAGGAUGAUAGGCCACUUUGGUUUUCCAUCCCAAGUAAAACUGCCACCAGUAAGAAACGGAGACAAAGCAAAACUCUCAUCAACGACAAAGACAGCUCAACAGACAACGGCGCGAAGAAUAGCCCACUAGAGACUGCACAAAAACCGCAGGAUUCUGAACAGACAAAGAGCAAACUGGGAAGUCAAACUGUCAAUCAGAAAACGAAGACGGUGAAAGGGAAAAAUAAGAUAAAUGAGGUGACUGAGCCUGAAAAUGACGAGGAUGAAUUGCCCAGUCCUGAGGAUCUUCCUGCAGGUGACUUAAUGGAACAAGAGAAACCAAACAAAAAGAAACAAGUUAAGAAGGUACCAUCUGAAGAAAAUGACAAGGAAGAGGAGCAACCUGAAGACGGAGUCAGCAGGGAAAUGCAUAAAGAUAAACUCACUCUGAAAAUGGAAAAGAAAGCUCAGAAGUCUUCUGACAUGAAGAGAUCAAAGUCUUUAAAAGAUGGAAAUGAAAAUGUCAAGAAAAGCAGAGCUACUAAAUUGAAGGGGGCCAGAAAAAUGAUGCAGGUGUCUGAUGCAGCAAAGGAGACAAUGUCUGUUGAGUCUGUGAAGGAACAAAGUGAGAGCAGCGAGAAGCAUGCAGAGGCUGAAAACCUUGACUCUCUUUCAGACAACGAAUUCAUGAAUUCUGAAGCACAGACAGAAAAGGAUUUAGCAGGUGGAAAGGACAAACGCAACAAGCUACCGCUUGUGUCUGAAGGGAGUUCAUCUGAAGACCAGAUUCUUGGGAAAAGGAAAAGGAGGCAGCCUGGACAGUGGUGGUUGGACAAUUUGAUCACCAAGGAAACAAAAGUUACGGACAACCAGCCUACACUCAAGAAGUUAAAGCAGUACAGCCAAGAGCCCAGCGCAACAGUACCUUCACCUGUGAAGGCUAAGAAGAACAGAGUUUUAAAGAAAAGGAAUCAGACACAGCUUGCACCUUCACCCAGUCAUAACACAAAUAAAGCUAAAGAAAAGAAAACCAAACAGAACAAAAACAGAAAAACAAGAGGAGACACAGCAGACAAGGUAUUUCACACGAAUAAGGCAGAGCAGUUUGAAGAGCAGGAGCAGCAGGAGGUCGCUGACCAGGACCUGGAUGACCAGUCUAGUCCUUUGGACCUGACACACAGAGACCACAGCCAUAACUCAGGGCAGCAUGUAUUUCAAAGAGUAUACCAUCACGUCUCUCAUGAAAAACUGUCCACACCAGAGCCUGUCUCUCCCAGAGGACCUAGGGAACAGCUCCGGUCAGAAGAAUCGGAGAGACGGAGGAGGAAACCUCCCGGUAACUGGUGGGCGGUUGAUAAUAGGUCUGAGGACGUGGAAAGCAUCUCCUCACAGCCUCAAAAGCUGCAGCCCAAACCUCGUAAGGAAAGAAAAAAGCUGUCCAAACAGAACAGAUCUCAACUUGGAACCCCCAAAAAUGGCAAGAUGGCAUCAAAACCACUAGGGGGAUCUCUUGUGCCUCUUUUGAAACCGAAGCCAUUGUUGACUCCAAAGACUGUCAAACGCUCUUUGGCCACAUUUAAAGACAUUUUCACUACAGGCACAGAGACCCCGACGGUGGUGAGCAGCAAAGAUGCCGGUAGGAAGAACAGACGUAAAGUCACUGCACCUCCUGCAGAGGCAGUCACUGCUACUGACUGUGCAACAUUCAGUAAGACUGCCACAGAUAUUCCCAGUAUGGAUGCUGGUGAAUCCUUACAGGACAGCACGUGUCAGUCAGAGGGCAGGUUAAAACCCCUCAGAAGUGGGCUGUCCUCCAUGAUUCCGCUGGAACAUUAUGAGGAGGAUGUGGACUUGAUUCUGCCACCAACCAGAGUCCACGCUGCUCUCUCUUUAUCAGAUCUGUGUGCUCCUCCUCUCAAACCGCUGGUCUUACAGCCGCAGGAUAAGGCCAACCUGAGAGAGUGGUUUAAGAGUCUCUGGCCUAUCCCUGAUGACAAAAGUCCUGACAUCACUCCAGACCAUUUUGAUUGGUACUCCUAUAAGGGCAGAGCUAUUGGCUUCCUGGUGGACCUGAACUGUGGCUCUUUCUGUAGUGGAAAAAUCCUGCUGGGCUCCUACAUGAAGAAGCCUCUGUGGGUGGAUCACAGUGCCACAACAGCUUUUAAUUUAUUAUCAAGCUCUGUGAGUGUAACCAUCAACGGCAAGAAAUCACGCUUCUAUCCCGGACCAUCCUUUAUGGUGCCAUGUGGGCAUGCUUACAGCAUCCAGAACGUCACUGCUCAGCCUGCAGUUCUGCACUUCACCAGGGUAUUAGCAGAAAGUUCAGAUUGAAGUUGUCAGCUCGGUGGCUGCUGGAUAACCAUAUAUAUAUAUAUAUAUAUGUAAAUUUAAAAUACCCGACUGAAUAUGUGUGACAUCUGAAAGAAUUAAAAGAUGUAAAUGGACUUUUUUUAGUUUUUCAGUUUAAUGAAUUUGAUCCUUAGCUGUGCUUGUAAUGAUACAAUUCUGUUAAAACAAAUAAAGAUAACUUGUAAAUAUG